GUGUUGGGAGGAGGAGCAGAAGGGGGAGAGGACAAGUGGAGCGACUGGAGCGUAUGGAGCCCAUGCUCCCAGAGCUGUGGGGGUGGAGCCAUGUUCCAGACCAGGCGAUGCCUCCUGCCCAAUCGUCAAUGUCUAGGGAAUCCCCUUCGGUAUCGCAUCUGCAGCAUGCAGGCCUGCCCCGUGGAAAGCGACUUCCGGUCUCAACAAUGCGCAGCCUACAAUCAGAUCGCAUACGACGGGAGAUUCUACAAGUGGCUGCCCCGGCAUGACCCAGAGAGACCUUGCGCCCUCGUGUGCGAGUCUCAAGUGAAAGGCGAGCCCGGCACCGAGGACGAAUCGCCCGUGAUCGCCGUGCUCACCCCCACUGUCCAAGAUGGGACCCGAUGUCGACCGGGUUCCCUGGAUAUGUGCGUCUCAGGACAUUGCCAGACAGUGGGAUGCGACCUGCAGCUGGGUUCGAAGAAGAAGGUGGAUCGCUGCGGCGUGUGUGGAGGAGAUGGGGGGUCGUGCACGGGACCUCGCUUCACCUGGAGACUUUCCGAACUUACACCUUGCUCCCGGUCUUGUGAUGGAGGGAUGCAGGUGACGCGUCCUUUGUGUGAGGACGUGGAAGUCCAGGCAGAGGUCGAUCCGGAUUAUUGUGACCCUGUAUUCAGGCCGGAGAAAAAAAUAUAUUCCUGCAAUCCUCAGCCUUGCCCUGCGACCUGGAAGAGCGGAGGAUGGAGUGAAUGCAGUACGUCCUGCGGAGGAGGCAUCAAGUAUCGGGCAGUCUGGUGCUCUCGUCGUGUGAAUGGGACAGAAACUCGCGUGAGCGAGACGGAGUGCAGAGACCUAAAGCCACGGAUACAGGACGUGUGCAACAACUUCACCUGUCCCCGAUGGUCCACCGGGGAUUGUGCUCCGCGUCGUGCGGGGAAGGAAUGGAAAGCCGGCUGGUGUUGUGUCGAGAUCACCGGGGAUUUCAAUCCAGUUCCUGUGAUGGGCGUAGCAAGCCGGAGGAGACCCGAAAAUGCCAUCCUGGCAUUCCUUGCCCGACCCCCCAAGGACAAGCGCCUGACCCAGCCGGAACGGGAAAAGGAAAAUCGAGUGCCCUCCGAGCCCACGUUCACAACAGAGGAGUGGGGACCUUGCAGCGUCACCUGCGGCGAAGGCGUGCAAAAACGGAUCGUGAAGUGCAAGAUAUUCCUGGAAUUCUCGCGGACAGUGGCGGAACUCCCCGACAAGGAAUGCCCGGGUCCAAAGCCCAAGGAAAUGCAACGCUGCCUCCUUUCGCCUUGCUCCCUCUCCAAUCGACUGGAAGGCUGGACGGAGGAAAAGGAGAACAAGAUCCCGGAGCACGAGACCCUGGAAUAUUCGUGGAGAAGCAACGGAUACCGCCCUUGCUCCGCUUCCUGUCUCGGGGGAGUGCAGGAGUCGAUAAUCGAAUGCGUUCGGACGUCGGACGAACGAGUGAUGUCACCGUUCCUGUGUCCCCUGUCGGAGAGACCGGAUUCCGUGACGAGAACCUGCAAUGAGCACCCUUGCCCUCCAAGGUGGAGCGUAUCCACCUUCUCUCCUUGUUCCAAGCCAUGUGGAGGAGGCGUGCAGACGCGAACGGUGGAGUGCGUGCACGAGGUGACGCGCGGGGUUCGAAACAUCCUCACGGUGGACCCGUCCCAGUGCCCGCAGCCCCCACCACCCUCCAAGCAGUCGUGCAACCAUGUGGACUGCCACCCCAGUUGGAUCCCCGGCGAGUGGUCUCCCUGCGACGCCCCCUGCGGCGGGGGCAAGGGACAGAGGACCCGGGACGUCGUUUGCAUCCACACUCACGCCCUGGGUCACACCACCCGAGUCCCCGAGGACAAGUGUCCCAAAAAGAGACCCGCGUCGAUUAGUAGGUGUCGGAAUCGACGACCUUGCGCUCCGAAGGUGAAGGAGAAGAUCACGGUCAAGGGUAACUGGGACCAGGACUACGUCCAGACUGAGCCGACCAAAAAGGUCACCGUGAAGAUCGGUGGCAAGGCGAGUCUUCUUCGCGGGACGACCCUGAAAAUUCGAUGCCCUGUCAGGCGAUUCGAUAGGUCAGAGCUAAAGUGGACCAAAGACGACUGGCCGAUCUUGGAGAACGGUCGGAUCCGAAUCUCGAAGCAGGGAUCGCUCCGAAUUCGAAGGCUUCGACUCCAGGAUUCUGGUAUUUAUACGUGCAUCGCCGGAGAAGCAAGCGGCAAUCUCGUCUUGACCGUUCGGGAUCGAGACGCGGACAAGGACGCGGAUAAGGGGAAGGACAAGGACAGGGACAAAGAGAAAGAGAAGGAAGAAAAGUCCUUCGAGAACAACCUCAUCGACGACUCCUACGAGCCAAAGAAAGAGAGCGAGAAGGGAGCACGGGAGGACUCAUCGAGAGGAGGACCCUGGGUCUACACCUACAAAGGGGAUACGCUCUACGCCGAUCAACAAUACAAUUCCCAGAAGGACCUAUACGGGACGCUUCAGCACGGCCCUGCUGCUUCUUACCCCUCUCCUUCGUCGUCUUCUUUCUCCUCCAUCUUUCCUACAUCCAACUUUUCUUCUCCUUCCUCUGACGUUUUUGGGGUCGUCCGUCAUGGGCACUUUCCUCCUCCACCUGCUGCAUCUGGCGCUGCGAGGUCCCGACCCGAUUUCUUCAACGUUCUCUCCGGAUUACAGGUGCGAGCUCGUCAGUGCAUCGUGAAGGAGGCAGACGGCGGAGUGAGUCGUACGGUGGACAACGGCCUGUGUAUGAAGGCGGCGGGUCUGGUCACCCCGGAGACGGUUCGGUCGUGCGGGCUUGGACCCUGUCCCACCUGGGAUCUCGGAGAAUGGUCCCCCUGCGAGGAAUCCAAGUGCUUCACCUGGAACACAGCGAUGCAGCGACGGGAGGUGAGAUGCCUGCUGUCGAACGGAACGGUCUUGGACCCUGUGUUCUGUCAGGAGACUUCUCGACCCCAGAACAAACGGGAAUGCUACAACGACGAAUGCAAGGGCACCUGGAGGGUCGGCAACUGGUCCGAGUGCACGGCGUCGUGCGGGUCGGAGGGGAUCCGGACGAGGAUCCUGCAGUGCGUGUGGCACGAGACGAAGAAAGCGGCCGGGAGUGCCUGUCGGGAUCUGCCUCGUCCUCCGGUCAUGAAACUCUGCAAAGGGAAGGAGUGUCGCGAUCGAAGCCGGUACUGCGGCCUCGUCGCCCGCCUGAAAAUGUGUCGGAUGCAGCAUUACAAGCUCCAGUGCUGCCGAUCCUGCAGCACAGGGACCUGAUCCCCAAAAGACAGGAUCGCCUCUUCCACAAAGGACGACUAAAGGAAGACUCUUCCGUCGUUCGCGGUGCUCUGUAUCUUUUUCCUCGACGUUUUGGCAGUUCCGAACUCGUGCAGAUGCGAUGAAUCGGCUGGAGGAAUUUGCAGCUCCUUUCUUCAUGCGGAUGAAAUGACAUUUCCCGUUGGUCUACCUCAUGAGAAUCUCUCCUUCCUCUUGUUUUUCCUCGUAGUCCAGACAGAAGGAAAAUCCAGGUGAUACGUAAUUGGUUCCCAGGCUUGAUCUCUGUGAUCGCGUCUCCAUAAUUGUUCUCUCCAUCGGCGUAACAUCGAUAGAAAAAUCCUCAUCCAAACGGAUUGUUGCAUUUUGAUAAUGAAGGGAAUUCCCACGCACUCGACGAGAUCUCAGAGAAAAAGUGUUCCGUCUUUUGGAGUUGUUGGGAACGAUUGAGGUGUUCCGUCCAAAAUGACUGCCGCCGAUUCCUCUCCUGCGGAUCUCAUCGUCUUCUUUCGUAUCUACUCUUUCUGUCUGUCUCUUUCGCCCUUUUGGCUUCUCUCAUCCUUUCCGACAAGGAAUUCUGUGAUGAGAGGCCUGUUCGCGUCGGGCUCCGUCGGAUUUAAAAAAAAAAAUACUUCGAUCCAUUCGACAUUCCACGUUCCAGUCUGGAUCUACUCUAGUCAUUCUCAUUAUCCUAUCUUGAAAAUGAGUGUAUACUGUGUGUGCUGUAUAGUGUUGAUUGUUGACUGUUGUCUCGCUCGGAUGCAUUCCAGGCAAAUAAGGACGUGUGUGAAAUAAAUGAGCGACCG